UUAUAUGGAUAAAACCAAAAUGGCUGACGAAAUGACAUAUUAUGAACUGUUAGAAAUCGAAAGAAAUGCUACAGAAAAACAGAUCACCAAAGCUUACAGGAAGAAAGCGUUGAAAUGUCAUCCAGACAAGAAUCCAGAUAAUCCCAAUGCAGCUGAACUUUUUCACAAGCUUAGCAAAGCUUUUGAAGUCAUUGGCAAUCCAAAAGCUAAGGCAGCAUAUGAUGCAACCCUAAAGGCAAAAGAAAGGGCAAGAUUGCGUGUUCAAGCCUACGACAGCAAGCGAAAGAAGUUUAAAGAAGAUUUGGAGGAAAGGGAGAAGUCAAGUCAAGAGGAGUUCAAUAAAGAUGAAGUUAUUGUUAGGAAUUUUGAAAGGGAGAUUGAACAUUUGAGGGAAGAAGGCUUAAAAAUAUUGCAAAGAGAACAAGAAUUAAUGAAACAAGUGAUUGAAAAAGAGAGACAGAAACAAGAAUCAUCAACUAGACAAGAUAAUGACUUUACCCCUACUCCAAAACUUAAGCUUCGUUGGAAAUGUUCAAAAAGUGACACAACUAAUGGCGGAUAUUCUUCUGAAAUUCUCAGAUCAAUGUUCAGAAAGUAUGGUGAUAUUGAGAAUCUCUUGGUCUCUUCAAAGAAAAUGGGUAGUGCUAUCAUUGAAUUUAGAGAUUUUAACUCUGCUAAAAUGGCUGUUGAAAAUGAAUAUGGAAAUCCAGCUAAUCCCUUGAAAAUCACAUGGUUAGAAGGAAUUGGUAACCCAAAUGUACCUACCACAACUGUCGAAACUCAGGUUGAUUUUAAAUCUUCACCAAAAAAUUUGGCUUUGGAAAGAGACUUUGAAACAUUAGUGAUGAGAAAACUACGUCAAGCUGAGGAAAGAAAGAGAUUAUGUGAAGAGAUUGCUAAUGAAGAAUCUAGGUAGCAGUAAUCAUAGACUAUUCUUCCGUGAGAAUUUAGAGACCAGGCUACACUCAACAUCCUUGAACGAGACAAGAAGGUAGGUGGUUAGCAAGAGUGCCCCAAAAGUAAACAUGAAGAAUGGGACCAAUAACUAUCUAAAACAAUUUCAUUCAUAACUUACAAGUUAUUACAAUGACUACAGAUUUAUUAUACAACAAAUGGCAAGUAUGCAAAAUUCAAAACUGAUAAUCUACACUUACUUCCAAUCUAACUUAUGGAAUUGAUACACAAUUGAUGAAGUUUUAUCUUCAUGGAUUGCAUUUGAUGAUGAUGACCUUUGUGUAUUGAUAUAAAUGAAGUUUCAGUUUCAUUCUUUUCCAUAACAAGUCCAUAAACAUGUUUGUCCCGCACCAGCCAUUGAGACAACGUGGUAGCCUUUUUUUUCCAACUUGUUUAAAAUUACCCGUGGGGGGUCUGGUGAACGAUAUUCUUUACUAUAGGUAGUUAAAGUACUUCAUUUCAUGUUGAUAUCAAUGAUAUAGAGUGGGAAAUUUGUGAAAAAAUUCUAACUAUUAACUGUGCAAAAACUUUGGGCAAGUGUGGCCGCUUGUUAUGACAGACAACCAAGCAGCAAAUUGCUCAGUGUGAAUUUUAUUUUUACAAUUGUAAAUCAUGGAAUUAUAUUGAUUAAUUUAAAAUACUCACAAAUUAUUUCCAUA